GGGUCUAGUUGCAAAAUGUGGGACCCCAUAGCAACAUGUUCCGAAGAUAGGUCUGGAUCCGCGAUAACAAACCUCGGCCACAACAUAACAGAAGACUUUUGUUUGCGUCUCAGCUCAGGGAACGGAGCCGUAUCCGUGUCCUCUGCCUUAGAACAAAAAGAUUCAUCUUCUGUACUGGUGGUUGCGUUAGGUCUGUGUACUGCCUUAAUCUCCCUCCUUUUAAUGGCUUCCCUAUCAACCACUUCUCUUAGCUUCAAAGCUCCCUCCAUACAAUCCACCACCACCAGAAUAUAUCAGGUGUUGCGUAAAGCGUCGAGUUUUCAAUCUAUCUCCUUUGGUCGUUUCCAGUCUUCAAAGAGGCUCCGUCUUCAAAUCAGUUGUGCAGCAAAACCAGAGACGGUACAGAAAGUGAGUGACAUUGUAAAGGAACAAUUGGCUUUGUCCGCAGACACUGCACUCACUGCCGAGUCAAAGUUCUCUGCUCUUGGCGCUGAUUCUCUAGACACCGUGGAGAUAGUGAUGGCUUUGGAGGAAAAGUUUGAUAUAAGUGUGGAGGAAACUGAUGCUCAGAACAUUACGACGAUUCAAGAAGCAGCUGAUUUGAUAGAGGAUCUUGUUCAGAAGAAACCUGCGGCUUGUUCCAUUGUAGAGUUGGAAAAGGUCACUAUUAUAAUAUUAUUAUUAUUCUUAUGCUGAUUAUUCUUCAGGUCAUGUUCUAUCAAAGGUGUAUCAGCUCACUGGUGUAGGUUAGCAACAUGGGUGUAUAACAGUAUAAGUGGUGUACAUAUAAAGCUUAUGUUA